AUGUCCCCCAGGAAAGCCAGUACACCCGAGAGGCACCUCUCAAUGCAGUCGUCGAAGGUGCUCUCGAUGGCCUGGUCCCCUGCUCGUGCUGGUGAAUUCGCGGUCUCAACAAAAGACGGUAGUCUGCGCGUCUGGAAUGUCGAUGAUUUUGACAAUCCAUUGCUUGCUGCCAACUACAAGAAAGUGCCCAUGUUUCGUCUACGCUAUACGCCAAAAGGCACGGGCAUUGUGAGUCUACCCCAGCGAAGUCGUUGGACCAACUCCGGUCUCAUCCUCUGGCGGGCUGACACUCUGACCCCCAUGCGCUUGAUCCCUUCCUUGAACAAAGACGACGAAGUGGCAUUGGGGUACCAGUCAGGGUCACCGAUUAGCGAAGAUAGUUGUGUUCUCGGUUUCGGAUGGUGCAGAGCCGAAUUUCCCGCAUUCCACGGAACGACCUUCGAAUUUGAACCAAAGGAGAACUCCCGGAGUUUACGUAGGUCCUCGGGUUCUAUUCUUUACUUAUGUCCCAUUCUUUACCUUACAGCUAAACCAGAGAACAUCAUUUCAUGGUCAAGGGAUCAUCAUUUACGAGUCCACACCUUGCCAGCUGCCUUUUUGCAUGCUGACGAUAGUCAAAAAUCAACGCAGAGCCCACCGCAUCAUUUGUCUUCCGACCAAGCUUCGAAAGGGCCUAAUUCCAUCUCGCCAGCCUCGGCAGCUCUUGUGACUGCUUCCGCCACUGAUAGUCCCACCAAAACUACUUCCUCAGGUGAGUUAAGAACCCAGCAAACCAAAGCCAACUCCUCCACCUUUCAGUUUGUUACGCAGGAACUGUCUCUCUUGAGUUCCGCAAUGGGCCAGUACAAAGUAGAGAAGGUCGACCUUGACGGACCUGAUUGUACAGUAAAGAUCGUUCUUUAUUAUUGCCGCCGCGAUCACUAUCAUCACCGUACCAUCUGUGGAUUUGACUCGGCUGGCGAAGGAACUGUUUCGAGGCACCGUUCUGACUCCCUUCCGCUUGCUGACCUAGAUGCGCUUUUCCAGUCUACGACCACAACAGGUUCCCCAAACGCUAAGCCAUCAAAUGACGUGGUGGAAGGUCCGGAGAGGGACUUUGGUGCCUUGCCGAAUGCCGGAACUGUGAUCUUGACGACUCACUUCUCGCCAGCUUACCCCUCGCCUAACUGUCCUCCUAGCUUCGAGUUCAGUGCUUCUUAUCCAGUAAUCCACGAGUCGGUGCUUGGACAUAUACUUGAAGACAUCCGGCACACCGCGGAAAGCACGGUGUCUACCUCCCGGGGUUGUUUGGAGCCAUGCAUUCGAAAGGUCUUUAAGCACCUCAACUACCCAACCUUUCCCCUUUUUCCUUAUGAACGUGUUUCCGAGUGUCGCCAGCGAAAAGACGGUGCGGAUCGCACAUGGUUUAUGCCCAUUCCUCAGGCUCUUUGGUUAACUCACACUAGUUAUUUGUUUUUAUAUUUGGAAAAGAUUGAGAAAAAUGAAGAUUCACUGGCAUCAUCCGAUCCUAACGUCAGUGUUACACAAGAUCAUCCCGAUGUCCAAAGAACUGUCGGUGCAGAUUAUCCACCUUCACGCGAUGUUUUUGUCCCUCUUCCGCGUACCUCGGGUGUCAGCAUCUCUCCUUCUGGAUUGAUGGUCACAUUUGGCCUUCAUCAGUCCCUUAUUGAGAUUGUUCAAGCAUCCACUCCCGUUCCUCUGGGACUUACACGCAUGCCUCGCUCCUUUCACGAAUACCUUCAGCUGACGGAAGGCAAGGAGCACCUUUUUCGCAAAAGUGCGGACGAUCAGCUGGCAAAGACACAGAUCAGGCCUUCGAGAUUUUGUGACCAACACUGCAACAUCCAAUGCCCUUUACCUAGGUCCAGGAGUGCUGAGAUCCUUGUAGCACGAAAUACGGAUCAUGCUGCUGCGGUGCAGGAAUCCUCGCUAAAUGUCUCUGGUGCCUCCUUGAAGUCGUUCGAUUCUGCUGGAAACCCUAUCCGACAGCGUCAUUUUUCCGGCAAAACACCGACAUUAUCCAGGAAGGUGAGGGGGCUAGUACUUGACAUCUUUGAUCCAGUGGCCAUGUGUUCACAUAACUUGGAGGCCGUGUGCUCCUCUGGACGAUCGGACUUGGUUCAGUUCUGGAGCAUGGUCGCGUCAUUAGCUGGUAUGAAACUGAGACAACCGCCCUUUCCUGGAAUGCUUCCUCCUUACGCCAGCCAGUCAAUGGGCCGAUCUUUUUUCAAUGUUUGGGUGUCUCACUUUCUCGCCCUUGGAGAUGUUCAGAGUUUGAUCUUGAUGGGUUUCGUUAUGGCCGCCAUAGACCUGCAGUCUGCACCUCCGUCUCUCCUUAUUUUCCCUGCGCCUUCGUUUUCAGUUGUGGAUAAACCUCAUCGUGCUUAUCAUCACAAUCCUGAAAACCAGAAGAGCCCAGUUAGACGUUCCUACCAACAUGUGCCUUUACUCAGCACUAGUGAGGAAUUAAAAAGUGUGUAUUCUGGACGCUCAAAGUCAACUGUGGCGCCACCCGAUAGUUCUCUUCUUGAAGCCGCAGAACUUCAGUUCAGGACGCAUGUCGAGGUUUCCGAGAUCUACGCGAAAGUCAGUGAUCGAAGCCCCAUUUACCGAGCAGUGUGCGACGAUGGAUUGGCAGCACCCUCACACAAACGAGCGCGAUCAAGCAGCUGCUCGGUUGACCCCUCGUCGUCGACCGACAAAGCCACGACUGGUUUUUCAGAGGCGCCUCAGUGCCUCCCAGUGAACCCCCACUGUUCCGACAUUACGUCUGUUGAAAACCCCCAUGCCUCUAACGUUGUUCUUCUAAAUCGGUGUUUCCAAGACCAGGUGUUAAUGGAUGUCGGUGGAGCAACUGGAGACCCCUCCCUCGUCGACGUUGCCUACAAUUGUGACGCCUGGCUCUUGUCCUUUGCACACGUGCUUCAGUACACGCAUUUUCUUAACGUGUACGCAAGCCUUCUUUCCGCGUGGGACCUGAUCAUGCCUCGCGCGAAACUCUCCAUGCAGUGGCACAAAGUUCUUUCCUGGCUUCACGCCCGUUCUCGGCCAAAUUACUACGAAAGCCUCUCUGAUUCGACCGACCAGCAAAAGCCAAUUUUUUCGCCUCCUUUGGACCGGCUUCUAGCACAGCCCCCCGCUCCUCAGCCUACUCUUUUUGACGCCUUAGCCAUCCACGCCGAGGCGUCGAACAUCGCAGCGCCACCUCCCACGAAGGCGUCACACGUACGCUGUGGACUGCAGGGACAGCGCUCACUUGUCUGCUGUGUGGUGUGCAACGUCACUGUGCGUGGCAUUAUUCUGGCCUGCCCACGCUGCAGCCACGGGGGACACAUGGAACACAUAUCGGCUUGGUGUAUGCGAAAGGGACAUGACCAAAGUAGACCCGUGUGUCCUGUCCCCAACUGCAACUGUUAUUGUGGAUACAUGAAAAUCACUGAGUGGAAAGUACCAAUCGAUUCGUAA